AUGGCAUCACGUCACAUAAAUGCAGACGAUAAUGCCCAAGUGGCCUGGCCAGAACCUGCGUCGCCGGUCGAGGUGAGGGCACCAACCGUCGGGCCUCGCGACCCAGAGAGGCAGGGGACGACCACGUCGAAAAAGUCUAUCGAGAGGAGGAUGAACUGGAAGGAUUUCUUCAAUAUUUCGAUCGCCAUGGGUGGUAGCACGCUCGCUUGGUCGCUCGAGUUGGGCUAUGGCACACCGUUCCUCCGUGGUCUGGGACUACCGGAACAACUUACAAGUCUUGUAUGGCUUGCUGGUCCGAUUUCCGGGUUAAUUGCGCAGCCGUUGAUUGGUGCUAUUUCAGACUCUUCCACGUCCGCUUAUAGAAGGAGAUUCUGGAUCUGGCUCGCUGCAGGCUCUUUGGUUGUGGUCACUAUAGUUCUCGCCUAUGUGGAACCUAUCGCCUCGUUCCUCGUCGACAUGUUCACUCAUAUGGAGGAUUGGAACCCCGGAAGAAGAAAGAAGGUCUCAAACCUCGCCAUUAUCAUCGCAGUUAUUUGUUUCUAUAUUCUUGACUUUGCCCUCAACGCCCUGCAAGCCUCACUUCGCAACCUUCUUUUGGACAUCACGCCUGCAGAGCAACUGGCGACUGGCAAUGCUUGGCACGGACGAAUGACCCAUGCAGGAAACAUUAUUGGCUACACGUUGGGAGCCCAAGACUUGGAUAAAUGGCCCAUUCUGAAGCCUUUCGGAGAUGGUCAUUUCCGCAAAGUCUGCAUCCUAACUGUCGUGAUCAUUUCGGUCACCGUCUCGAUCACUUGUAUCACCUCGAAGGAAACUGCUCGAGAUCGCGACAUUACUAGCGGCAGAGGUCGUUUCCGCGAUACCAUCAACAACAUAACCAAGGCAAUCUAUGAGCUACCAAAGCCUAUUCGCCGCGUUUGCAUCGUCCAACUCUUUGCUUUUAUGGGCUGGUUCCCAUAUCUCUUCUAUGCCACUGUAUGGGUUGGUGAAGUGAUGGCAUACGAAUUGGAUCGAGAGCCGACUGUUGCAGAUGCAACGAGAGCGGGCGAAUUGGCCCUUCUCCUCUCGAGCAUAGUCUCGGUGGUUGUUGGCACCGUCUUACCUUAUAUUGCUCAGCGUGAUCCACGUUUGCUUUCAAAGGGUGAUGGAGAGGACGAAGAAGAGGACGAAGAAAUCUCUCGCAUUCGUGCCAUGGUUAGAUCGUGGAAACAAGAGGCCGCUCGCAUGGGUCGCCCCUUGCAUCUCCCUGCCAUGCCGUUCAUGUUGCGAAAUAUCUGGACUGGAGGACUUCUCCUUUUCGGUAUACUUAUGCUGUCUACCUUCAUCGUGCGCACCGUAUGGCAAGCAACUCUUGUCAUUUCUCUUGUCGGAAUCUCGUGGGCCAUCGCCUGCUGGGUGCCGUUUGCUAUCAUCAUGGAGUACCUCAAAGAGGUCGAUGCGGCUGCUGCUGCCCCGCCAGUUGCCCCUCAAAGCUACGCGACCCGCAGGUCAACGCACACCAGAGUUGCGUCCUCUCCGGCUAUCUGGAGAGGAAUGCAAAACCCUCGUGGAGAUGAUGAGAGGCAGCCUCUUCUUCGCAGACAGUCUCUACGCUUGGACUAUGAAGCUGAGACAGGCGAGGUUCCUACUCCUAUGGCUGGCGGCACUGUACUUGGGAUCCACAACCUGGCCAUUGUCUUCCCACAGUUUAUCAUUGCUUUGGUCGCGACAGCAAUCUUCCGUAUCGUCGACUCUUCCGCUGAUAGCGACCCCAACGAUGUGUACUAUCAUAAGAAUGGCGUGGCCUGGCUUCUCAGAUUUGGUGGGCUCUGCUCCAUUGUGGCUGCCGCCUUUUCGCGCGCUGUGGCACCAACGAGGACGGAAAAGGAGAUGAGGAGACGACUUGCCGAGAUGAAGGAGCAGGAGGCGGAAUAG